AAAAUAGUGUAUCAGUAAUUCAGUCCCAAUUAACGCUGUUACAUGCAGGGAAUAUUUUGGUCUUAUAAAUUAAGGUACGUUUUUUAUAAAAUUACUUUUCAAUUUAAUGUACUAAAAAUAGGUAUAGGAUAAUUAUUGAUUACCUAAGCGUAGAUGUUAUCAAUUUAAAAUAUUCGGAGGGGCAAAUCACUCCUAGAAAGUGUACGUGAUAGAUUUUUGAUUCUUUCGAAAGUCUGGAUAUUUUAUGGUUGGAUUUUAUGGGAAUUUUGUCGGACAUUUGCCAUUUGGGGACUUUUGUAAUUAAUACAGGAAUAUAUUCUAAAUAAUUGGGGACUUUUGUAUUAAUACAGGAAUAUAUAUUCUUUAUUUUUCAUUAUUUUUUUCAAUGGAAUAUUUUUAAUUCCUGGAGCGCUAUAGUUAAACCUCUGAAAUAUUGGACGGCCUAUAGUGGGCCUGUACCAGGUACUCAUUUCGUGUUUUUUUAUUGAAAUGAAAGAAAAAACAAUUGCAACAAUGUUUAAAAUUCCUAUACUGAGAUCAUUUAACGAUAAACUAUAAUAUGAAAAUAUUGUAUCAGAAAUUCAGUCCCAACGCUAUUAUUGCAGUGAAUAUUUUGGUCUUAUAAAUUAAGGUUCUUUACAGAACUUUUCACAUUACCGGCUGUAUUAGAGAUAGGCAUACCAUGAUUGUUGACUUUUUAUAAGCACAUGUAGAUGUUGCUUAAAUUUUCGAGGGGCAAAUCGCUCCUAGAAAAUGUACGGGACUUUUGGACGUUCGAAAGUCCAGAGAUUUUAUGGUUGUAGGCCUACUUUUUGCAAAGAGAAUUUUCUUCGACAUUUUGUAGUUAGACUAAUAAAGGAAUAUGUUCUUAUUUUUAAUGUUUUGCUGAAACUAUAUGCAGUAAAAUGGAGUUAUAUUUUCCCAAUUUGAUAUUAAAAAAUAUUUGUGUGAUAUAGUCAGAAUCCGUAUUUACUGAAGAAAAAAUUUCAUUAUUAAGUACAUGGUCAUGGACUUUUCGUCAAAGUGCACGAGACUUUUUGAGUGAUUUGCCCCACCAAAAACAUAAUUGCAUGCAUGGAUAUUUGAUAAUAAUACAAUAAUAGUUAAUUGGCUGAGAUUGUAAAUGAAGAUAUCGAUCUUUUUUAAAUUUGAUUUACCAUGUAUAAUAAAUCUAUUCAUGAUAUAUCAGUACAAUAAUUUUAAAGAUUUUGGGCAAAUGACCUACCAAAAAUCUACGUAGACUUUUUAUUAGGUCGCGAUAAUUAUAUUCAUUUGUAUAUCUGCACAUUAGUCAUUACAUAAUCAAUUUUUUAUAAUCAAUCGAUAGCUACAAUAUGUGAACUGCCUUGCAUGCAAUCUUGUUGGGCUCAUGCGAAGGACAACAGCAAUUGAUUUAUUUAGGGUUUUCAAGCUGACAAGCUUUCAAAAUUCUGCAAUGAAAUAGUUUUUCAAUCCUGCAUGGGUUACAGUUAAACCUCUGAAAUACUGGACGGCCUGGUGGGCCUACCAUACAGGUACUCAUCUGGUGUUCUUUUAUUCAAAUGAAUGACGACAAUUGAAACACUGUUUAUAAUUCCUACACAAAACUUUUUAACAAUGAGGUAAUAUAAAAAUAGUGUAUCAGUUAUUCAGUCCCAACGCUGUUACUGGAGUGAAUAUUUUGGUCUUAUAAACUAAGGUACAUUUUUUUAUAGACUAUACUUUUCACUUCACUGUAUUAAAGGUCGUAUAGGCCGAUAUAGGCAUGAGGAUGAUUAUUGAUCACCUAAGCGUAGAUGUUAUCAAUUUAAAAUAUCGAAGGGCAUGCAAAUCACUCCCAGAAAGUGUACGUGACUUUUGGACUUUCGAAAGUCCGGCGGACAUUUUAUGAUUGGACUUUAUGAGAAUUUUGUUGGAUAACGUUUGUAAUUAAUACAGGAAUAUAUUCUAAAUUAUUCGGGGACUUUUAUUUUUCAUUAUUUUUUUCAAUAAACCUCUGAAAUACUGGACGGCUUAGUGGGCCUAUAUAUCCGGUGCUCAUGAUCUCGUGCUUUUUUUAUUGAAAUGAAAGAAAAACAAUUGCAACAUUGUUUAGAAUUCGUACUGAGAUUUUUUGACAAUGAACUAUAAUAUGAAAAUAUUGUAUCAGUAAUUCAGUCCCAACGCUGUUAUUGCAGUGAAUAUUUUGGUCUUAUAAAUUAAGGUAUGUUCUUUAAAGAACUUUUUUCACAUUACUGUAUUAAAGAUGACAAAGACAGGUAGCCAGCAUGAUUAAUGAAUCUAAUCAUGUGAAAAAUCUUCGAGACUCCGUGAACAAACUUGCUGCUCCUAAACCCCGCACCAAUUAUCUUAAAAAUAGCUUAGCUAUAGUAUUAGUGGUGCAGUGUUAUGGAACAGCUUACCUAGCAAUAUAAGACAAGCGAAAUCUCUUACUGAAUUUCGACAAUUGUUGAAACAUCAUAUUCGAUACUCACGGCAUUCAUGGAAAACAGGUAUAAAUAUUAGUGUAACAUAGCAUAGGCUUGAAAAAUUUUUAAACUUCUUAAUGUAGAUAACUGUUUUUUUGUAAACCUGAUGAAGCUACCGUGCUUAAAUAAAGAUUUGACUGAAAAUAAUCCAGAAGAAAAAACUGACACCCAUGCAACCUUUUGGGCGACAAUUUUUCCCCCUAGCCGACCAUUGCAUGACUUGGCCUUUUAAUUUACGCAACCCAAUAAUCAAGCAAUUAAUGUUAUUGGAAUUGGCUUAGUUAAAAGUUUUAAUUUGUCACAGGAUAUUUUUUGAAUUCUCGUCAAAUUGUGGAGAAUGAAGAUUUUGUUGCUUUCCGUUUGUGUCGUUCUGUUGGUUGCAUUCACGACGGCAAAUACUUUGGGAGGUUCGUAUCAUCCUUCGUACAAACUUAAACAUCAAUGAUUUUCAUUGCUCCUUAGGGCCUGUUUAUAUUAUGAUCCCGCCUAGACGGGACGGGACGUUUUCAUCCCGCCUAGACGGGAUACUCGCCUAGUGUUUAUAUGGACAAAAUACAUUGCCGGGAUGAAGCCAUUUAAGUGCUUGACGUCAUAUUUUUGUUGCAAUAAAAGCAUUUACGCAUGCUCAAAAGGGAAAAAUUCAUCCCGCCUAGCCAGGAUGAAGUGUUUAUAUGUGAACUUUUCGUCCCGGCUAGGCAGGAUGAAGUGUUUAUAUGGGAAUUUUUCAUCUCGCUUAGGCGGGAUCCCGGCAUCUGUUGCCGAGAUCCCGUCUAGGCGGGAUCAUAUAAACACUCUUUAGAAUUUGUAUUACGAGCGGGAUCUCGGUAAGCAUCCCGUCCCGCCUAGCUGGCCGGGAUCAUAUAAACAGGCCCUUAGUGAAAUUAAGGAUCGGUCACUAUGUAUGGUGGGGAGUGGCACCGAAGAGAAAAGGGUCGGGUAAACAAAAUUUUGAGCGAUUAAAAAGUUUGGUAAAUGAAAAAAGAACCAACUCAAGGGUUGGGUAAUAAAAAAAUCAUUGUCAUUUCCAAAGCAUGACUCAUUCAAAUAUUGAAGACUAAAAAGCAAUGUCAACGUCAUGUAUGCCUGUAAUUUUGAGAAUCAAUCAGAGUCACUAUCUUGGUCAUUUUCCGAUUUAUGUGGAGGCAAAUGGUGUCUCCAAAGAAAGUACAUGUUCAAACAACUUUACACUGCAGAAAAUCGCACAAGCAGUUAUCAAACUCAUGUCACAGAAGACAUAUGUAACAACUGAAUGGUUGGGUCUCUAUAUUUUAAUUGAAUUUUGAGGUUGAGUAAUGAAAAAUUCUGACUUUUUAAUGGUUGGAUCAGCAAAAUUUUUGCCAAGAAAAACAUUUUUCUUCGCGGUACCACCACCCUCCCCCUGUCAUAAAUAAUGACCGGUCCCUUAAAGCCCAGGGUAGACUAGGUAACGUUAAAGAAACUACAGUUGUCUUGAAUUAAGGCAGGCAAACUAAGAAACAUUAGGGUCAUUUAUACGAGAGAAAAUCGGUCACGACUUAAUUAAAGCCUGGCGCACACGAUGCGAUUUUAGUCGGCCGAUAAAAAUCGUUUGACAUACCGAUAUACAUCGGUAUACUCCGCACACGAUCACGAAAAAAAUACGCUCCCUGAACUGUAGCCGCCAUGUUGCCAAAUAAAUACAAGCACGUGAUCACAGCAUGAAAUCUCAUUGGUUAUACUUAAAAUUCCACCGAUAAAAAUCGUAUAAUAUCAAAACGUUUUGAUGUCGUCCGAUUAAAAUCGAGCAACUAAGGUCGGUUAAAAAUGACACCGCACACACAACGAUUUUGUUAGUUUUAGUCAAACGAUUUUUAUCGGCCGACUAAAAUCGCAUCGUGUGCGCCAGGCUCACGUCACGAACACACAUGUAAGUCGAGACUAAAAUAAGAAUAAUAAGAACAAGGGUUUAUGCUGGUUCAAAAUAUCUCGCGUUUUGACAGAACUUGACCAUUUAUACGAGUAUUUUCGUGAGUUAAAUAAGACGCGACUUGAUUAAGUCGCGACUUAUUUUCUCUCGUAUAAAUGGCCCAAUUGUUUCCUAAUCUGUGAUCAUAUUUUUUGAAGAUUAUCAAACCAGAAAACAUUACAUGUAGCUGAAUUUGAGGAAUUACAAGUUAAAUACCGGCAGUUGCAUGUAUACAUGUAUGAGUUCUAAUCCUGCUACUGUUAGUCGAGCCUUGGAGAUUAAUGAUAGAUUAGAAGACCGCAUUGUACUGUUGGAGUUUUCAUUUGUGCUUCAAGGAUUUUUCUUCGAGUGUCUUCACCAAAAACGAAAUCGCAGGUCUUAAUCGUUGCCAAACAAGUUUGUCACGAGCCUCUGGUUCAGGUGAAUUAGGCAACCACGCCCUGUGUAAUCAAUAUUAAGCACCUCAUUAUCAACAAUAAUUAAAUGAUUCAUUAUCUUUAAAGAUUCAACUGAUGAAAUAGAAAACGAGGAGUCAUCUCUUGAAAAACGUGCCCGAAAAUGCCCCACGAUCGUUUUCCCGUGUGGUCGUGGAACUACCAUGCCAGCAGUUUGUAGGAACAUGAGAGACGCCAUUAAAAAACAAGGCAAGCCAACACGUCUUCACCGCGUGGCGGCCAAGAAUGACAUAAAUAAAAACAGACGUGCCUCUGGAUGCCCAAAAUUAACAAUACUGAAAAGGAAAAAGAUGCCAGGAUUUAAUUGUGACGAGUAUCCCUUUGCUUCAUCCAAAGAAGGUACAAAGUUCCCGCAUUCAAUAGGCGUCCGCACAAGAUAGGCAACUGAGAGGUUUCUUUAUUAGAGUAGUGACCGUAUUGGAAAGGUGUCCUCAUGGAGAGAUGCCCGUAUUAGAGAGGUUUCUGUAUUGGAGGGGUAUCCGGAUUAAAGAGGUGUACUAAUUAAAGAGGUGUAUGUACUAGAGAGGUAUCCAUAUUAGAUGGAGAAGUCACCGUACAAAAAUAUGUGUCGGAAUCAGAGGGCUGUACGCAUUAGAAUGUUGUCUGUAUUAAUAGAUGUGUAUUAGAGAGGUGUCUGUAUUAGGAUGAGUGUAUUAGGAGAUGUUUGUAUUAAUGAGAGAUGUCUGUAUUGAGAGUUCGAUUAGAUUGUGUGUGAUGUGUGGUGUAUGUUAGGGAAAUGAGUGUAUUAGAGAGAUGUUUGUAUUAGAGAUGUGUCCAUAUUAGAGAGCUUUCUGCAUUAGAGUGGUGUUCGUGUGUAUUAGAUGGAGAAGUCGUAUAAAAAAGGUGUUUGGAUGACAGAGAUGUGACGGAAGAGCGUACGCACAGAAAGGUGUGUCUGUAUUAGAGAGGUGUCGGUAGUGAAGGGACGAACGUAUUAGAAAGGCGUGCGUAUUUGAGUGAGUCCGUAUUCUUGAUUAUUACUUUUGGCAUUCAGCCUGUCUGAGUCAGUCUUAACCAUGAACAUUUUCUUCAUUUUUCUCAGGUGGAAAAGGUUCUAAGAUUAUGAUGGUCCCAGUGCGUGAAAACAGCCAGCAAGGUGGUUUGUUGGCCGGUUUUUAUAGAAAACAUGGAAUUGUUAAUGGUGGCUGUUACAAUGUCAAAGUUUAAUAAAUCUUCCUUUAGACCUGCUCUGAGAUUUCAACUUUAAUUUUUAAAACUUAAGUUUUAAGUUAAUCUUGUACUUGGAAAAUUUUCUUUUGUUGAAGAACGAAAUUAAAUAAAACAGUUAAAUAAACAUAACGUUUAGUGGUUUUUAACACU